UUCCUGCCCCGCCCCCGCCGCCGCCGCCGCUCCCGCCGCCCCCGACACCGGCACCGGCCCCGGGCAGCGACCCGCCGCUCCCAUUUUGGGGUGCCAUCCCAGCGUUCCUGACCGCGGCCGGGGGCUCCCCAGCCAUGUCCUUCCGGAAGGUGGUGCGGCAGAGCAAAUUCCGGCACGUGUUCGGGCAGCCGGUGAAGACGGACCAGUGCUACGAUGACAUCCGCGUGUCUCGCGUCACCUGGGACAGCACCUUCUGCGCCGUCAACCCCUCCUUCGUCGCCAUCAUCGUGGAGGCCAGCGGCGGUGGCGCCUUCCUCGUCCUCCCCCUGCACAAGACCGGACGCAUUGACAAGUCGUACCCCACGGUGUGCGGCCACACGGGGGUCCCCGUCCAUGGGGCGCCCCCGUUCCGCCCCCCCCCCCCCCACCCGCCGGUGCCCCCGCCCCGGAGCCGCGCAGGCGCGGGGCGGCCCCGGUCACUUCCUGCCCCGCCCCCGCCGCCGCCGCCGCUCCCGCCGCCCCCGACACCGGCACCGGCCCCGGGCAGCGACCCGCCGCGCGGCCACCACCGGCCCCAUUCCUGA